ACCAGGUUUUUUUAUCCUCGUUCCGCACCUUCCACUUUUGACAAAUAAGGCGAUUCAUUCCUCCGAUUUCAAAUAAACCAAAGCCCAUGACCAAUUGACCAUGAUAACAGAUCACCCCAAAAGGCAAGCCAUUAUUUUUGUAGUUAAUGAAAACCCAAGACUGCCAAGGCAGGAAUGGACAUAACCAAAUGGCACCUGGAAGGAAUCUGAAGUCAAGGAGAUAACCAGACCCUUUUUCAUUUGGUAAAAAGCUUGUAAUUUUCAUUUUUCAGUAAAUUAGGAUCCAUCUUUUUGUAUAUGAAAGGGAGGGAACUUUUGAUCCAUUUAUGCAAGGCAUGUAACAAUGAAAAAUCAGCAGCAAAAUUACAUUCACAAAUUUUCAAAACUGGGUUUUACCAUGACAGUUUUCUCACCACAAAGCUCACCUCCUUGUACUCAAAAUUUAGUACCAUUGAAGAAGCUCAAAAAGUGUUCGAUGAAAUGCCUCAAAGAACUGUUUAUCUCUGGAACUCAAUUCUUAGAGCUUAUUCUAAACAAAGUCAGUGGAACGAAACUUGGAUUCUUUUCAAAAACAUGAUAUCUGAUGAAAAAGGGGAGAAAAAUGAACCUGAUAAUUAUACUCUGUCUAUAGUUUUAAAGGCUUGUGCAGGAUUGCAGUUGCUUGAACAAGGGAAAAUGUUACACGGGUUUUUGAGGAAAAAUGAAAAUAUUGGAUUGGAUUUGUUCGUGGGUUCUGCUUUAGUUGAGUUCUACUCGAAAUGUGGCAAAUUGGAUGACGCUUUGAAAGUUUUUAAGGAGUUUGAGAAACCUGAUGUUGUUUUGUGGACUUCAAUGGUUAGUGGAUAUGAGCAGAACGGUUGUUUUGAAAAGGCUGUGGCUUUUUUCUCAAGAAUGGUAGUGGAGGAGGGUGUUGAUCCUGAUCGUGUAACACUUGUUAGUUUAGUUUCUGCUUGCGCUAAGUUGAUCAAUCCUAAGCUUGGCAGGAGUGUACAUGGUUUUGUCAUUAGGAGAGGGUUUGAAAAUGAAUUAUCUUUAGUUAACGCAAUCUUGAAUAUGUAUGCAAAGACAGGUUUUGUGAAAGUAGCAGAAAAUUUUUUUAGGAGGAUAGAAGGGAAAGAUGUUGUAACAUGGAGCUCAAUGAUUGGUUGCUAUUGUCAUAAUGGGGCUGCUGUUGAAGCACUGCGUCUUUUCAAUGAAAUGAUCACCAAAGGAUGUCAACCUAAUGCAGUUACUGUUGUUAGUGUACUACAAGCAUGUGCAGUUGCUUGUGACAUAGACGAGGGUCGGAGGAUUCAUGAACUUGCAACUAGGAGACGUUUUGACUUAGAAGUCUCAGUUUCUACCGCUCUGAUUGAUAUGUACAUGAAGUGCUUGUCACCUGAUGAAGCUGUUAAUGUCUUUAGGAAAAUGCCUGGGAAAGAUGUUGUCUCUUGGGUUGCUUUGUUAAGUGGGUAUGCUCAAAAUGGGAUGGCUUACAAGUCUAUUGGGAUCUUCAGAGAUAUGCUGUCUAGUGGAAUCCAACCAGAUGCUGUUUCUAUGGUAAAGAUUCUUGCUUCUUCUUCAGAGUUAGGUAUUCUUCGCCAAGCUGUAUGCCUUCAUGGUUAUAUCACUAGAAGCGGCUUUGAUGGUAAUUCUUUUAUUGGGGCUUCUCUCAUAGAGUUGUACUCAAAAUGUGGUAACUUAGACUAUGCAAUAAAAGUAUUUCGAGGAAUUAUAGACAAGGAUGUUGUUCUGUGGAGUGCAAUGAUUGCUGGCUAUGGAGUUCAUGGACAUGGGGGAGAAUCGUUAAAGUUAUUUGAAGAGAUGGUCAAGAGUUCAACAGCUAGGCCUAACAAUGUCACUUUCCUCUCUAUAUUAUCUGCUUGUAGCCAUGCAGGUUUACUCCUGGAGGGGAUCGAAAUAUUCCAUAUGAUGGUAAAUGAUUAUGGACUGCAUCCUGGUUCAGAGCAUUAUAGUAUAUUUGUUGAUCUUCUUGGCCGUACAGGAGAGUUAGACGAGGCCAUGGAAAUUAUCAAUCGAAUGCCAAUUCCAGUUGAGCCUCAUGUUUGGGGUGCCUUGCUUGCUGCAUGUAGGACUCAUCACAAUGUUGAGAUAGGAGAGUUGGCGGCAAAGAAUCUUCUCUGCUUAGAUUCUAAUCAUGCAGGUUAUUAUAUUCUGUUAUCUAAUAUUUAUGCUGUUGAUGGGAAAUGGGGGAAUGUGGCACAAAUUAGAACUCUGAUAAAGGAGAAGGGGUUAAAGAAGAUGUUUGGACAGAGCAUGGUCGAGAUAGGGAACGAGGUCCAUAGCUUUGUUGCUGAUGAUAAACUUCACCCGGAGUGUGAGAAGAUUUAUAAACUACUAGGACAAUUGGAGGUGAUAAUGAGAUUGCAACUAGAUCAUACUUAUGGAAUUUCUGGAGCUCGAUCAAAUUUUAUGAUAACCUGAACUCAUCGACCGUCAUGAUAUCUGCUUGAUGUUAGCCUACCAGCAACAUUGUUCAUGAAUUAUCAGUCAAAGUAGAUAACAAAAACACUGUAGACUAGCCUACUUCUUCGGGACAUCCGAUAAAAUUGGAAUGACAUGGAGAAAAUUAGCAGGCCUCUAUGUCACCAACCAAGACUUAAACCCUAAGUUCACGCAGCUCGAGAAUAUGAGAAUGGACUCUUUCGACGGGCACAAGGAUGAUAACGCACAAAUAAAAGAAUAGUCUAAAUUUUUAAAAAGCAAAAAAGCAUUGUGGGCUAUCCUAUAAAAAAAAAAUCAUUAAAGCGUGUAGG